CCGCUGGAGACCACACCAGUGCGAACGGGACUCUACUGACAAGACACACGAGCCAGCACACAAACAUACAGCAUGAAAGUGAGACCCCCGGAGCAGCCCACAUCCAACUUCAGAGACACACUCUAAAUGGAAUCUGGGCCUGGAAGAAGAGAAGACAACUGCAGUCAUCAGCUGAACUUUUUGGAGGUUGUUCCUUUUCCCUUAUAUGGCAACAGAGCUGGGAAAUCAUUUGAAUUAGUCUGGUUUUUGUUGCAUGCCUGUCUGGUUUUAGUGCUGACUGAGUUCCAUCUGGUAUGUUUCUGUCUCUGCUGUGUGUUCGUGUGUGAGUGUGUGGGCCCCGUGUGUGUGGCUUGAUUUGUUUGUUUUGCCAUUCUUGGUUCUUCUUUUCCCGUUGUUUGCAUGUGGGGUUUUUGUUUUGGGACAAGAGGAGGGCUCGUGUUUGUGGUUAAGCUACAGGCUCCGUCAUUGCCUCAGGGGUGGCUGCCUCGUUCAGACUGAGCAGCACCUCUCACUAUUUUUCCUCUACCUCCCUCCCUCGCGCUGCUGUGAUGGUCUGUGUUUGUUGGAGCAACACACCCACCUGGGUGCAGCUACUUGCGAGCAGAAACUGAAACAGGGUCUCCCUACUCACGGAUAUUAUCAGAAAACUGGACUGGAGCUUCUGUCAAGGAGCAGGCUAUUGUUAGAGUGGACUAACCUCCCAAAGAGCCGGAUGUUUCUUCUUUAUUCCUCCACUCAACAGGAUGUGUGACCCAGAAGGAACCAACAAUGACCAGGAAGUGGUAGUUGGUAUAUACAAGGGGAUGGGUUGUCUGCUUGAAACUUUGACCAGCAAGAAAAGGAUCAUGGGAAAGUUGUAAACCCUAAGUUUGAUCACUCAACACACUUGGCGCUGAAAACUUGAAUGACAGCGUGAUGCAGUCUGACAGUAAAUCUUAAAAGUCAAAUUUGUGUUACGUCAAGUUCAUCACCUCAUGUGGAUUAUUUUUAUGAACAUAUCUCACGUCAUUGAUUGCCAUGGCUACGGCGGCAUGGUAUCAUCGUGACAUCAGCCGUGUGCACGCUGAGGAUCUGCUGGCACGGGCCGGGAGGGAUGGCAGCUACCUAGUGAGAGACAGUGAGUCUGUGCCAGGAGCCUAUGCGUUGUGCCUGCUGUUCCAACGUCAUGUUCACACCUAUCGUAUUCUUCCUGAUGCUGACGGCCUUCUAGCAGUUCAGACAACACAGGGGGUGCAGGUGAACUGUUUCCGGACACUGGAGGAUCUGGUGUUGGGGUACCAACAUCCGCACAAGGGCCUGGUCACUCCUCUUCUCUACGCUGUUCCCCGGGAUACAGACACUGGGGAUGAGAGCUCAGGUGGGCCCUCUAGCUGCUAUCACAGCACAUCACCCAACACGAGCAUGUACAGAUUCACUGACAUGUGUAUUUAUGAUGAGAAGCCGGCUUCAGUACCUGCCACCAUUAACACCGCACCUCUCACUGGACCACCAGCAAAACCAGCCCCUCAUACCCUGUUCCUGGAUAAAUUGCAGGAGCUGAACACAUCCAGUACUGCAGGUGAGGUGAUCGGUCUUCUCAAUGACUACCUAUUCAGUGAGCUGCCUCUUGACAUUGAGAAUGUGCACAAAGGUGCAACAACGCUGUGCCACCUGAAGCGUACUCUGGGUACUGCGUGCCAAGGCUUAAACAGUGAGAUCGACCUGACUCUUUCAAGUCUGGAAACCCUGGCAAGAGUCUUUGACCACCCCAGCUGCUCUUUAACAAACACCAAAGCACAGGGCCAAGAGAUGGAGAUAGACAGCGUGUUGUUUAAGAUUUCAGCUUUGGUCAGCCUCCUCUCUUCAUUGGAGAAAAAGGUAUUGAAAGCAUUACAAGAUGCAGUGACCAAUCACAAUCUGGCAGUUCAGCCAAGCCCGCCUCCUCCUGAACCAACACCCAUCAUCGUAACAUCUGUCAAGAACCAGGCCAGACAGCUGCCAGUCCACUCCUUUCAGGUGAAGAUGGUGAGGUAUGGCAGACAGACUGUUUCUGUGGACGUGGACACAGGAGUGCUGCUCUUUGACAGAAAGUCUGGUUCAUUUGGUAUAGAGAGAGUCUCACAUGACAGAAUCCUUCAGAUUGUCAGGUUCCAGAGCAGUCCGGCCAAGGUACGCAUGGUGGUGGACAGCCACCACAACACACCACGGGAGAUGACGUUUGAGAGUGCACGGAAACGCGAUGCCUUCUGCCAACUCCUGCAGCUGAUGAAAACCAGACACUCUCAUCUGAGUGAACCUGACGUGAUAUCUGUGUUCAUUGGCACCUGGAACAUGGGUGGUUCCCCUCCUCCUCGCAGCCUGCAGUCGUGGGUGACCUGCUGCGGUCUGGGACACACCCCUGACGAUUCCACUGCCUUGCUCCCUCAUGACAUCUAUGCUUUGGGGACUCAGGAAAACCCUCAAGGGGAGAGAGAAUGGACAGAACAUGUCAAAACAACUCUUCGCAGCUACACUCACAUCGAGUACAAACAAGUGGCAGUACAGUCCCUCUGGAACAUGAGGCUGGCUGUGUUUGUGAAGCCUGAGCAUGAGAGUCGCGUCAGCCAUGUGAACACCGCCUGUGUGAAGACUGGCCUGGGAAACACUUUGGGGAACAAGGGAGCAGUGGGUGUGUCUUUCCUCUUCAACGGGACAUCUUUUGGGUUUGUUAACUGCCACCUGACCUCUGGAAGUGAGAAAGUCCUAAGGAGGAACCAGAACUUUGUGGACAUCCUCAGGCUGCUCUCUCUGGGUGACAAACAGCUAGGGGCCUUUGACCUCAGCCUGCGCUUCAACCAUCUCUUCUGGUGCGGAGACCUCAACUAUAGACUCGACUUGGACGUACAGGACAUCCUGAAACAUGUGUCUAAGAGGGAGUUUGAGGAGCUCAUGUGUGCAGACCAGCUGACCCGAGAGAGACACAAGAGGAAGUCCUUUCUCAAUUUCAAGGAAGAGAAGAUUGCAUUCCCACCCACCUAUCGGUAUGAGCGGGGCUCCAGAGACUGCUACCUUUGGCAAAAGUACAAAACUUCAGGAGUACGAGUCAAUGUGCCAUCGUGGUGUGAUCGGAUUCUGUGGAAGUCUUACCCAGAGAUACACAUCUUCUGCACUGCGUAUGGUUGCACGGAUGACAUCUUCACCAGCGAUCACUCGCCUGUUUUUGCCACUUUCCAAGUGGGAGUCACAUCACAGUUCAGCUCCAAAACAGAAACAAAGUCGGGCGUGGAGAGGGCCUGGAUAGAGCUUGAAGGCAUUGAGGCCAUUGUGAAGACGGCAAGCAAGGCGAAAUUUUUCAUUGAUUUUCACUCGUCUUGCCUCGAAGAGACACGGCGCUCAAGUGAGAAUGACUCACAGAGUUGUGAUGUUCCCAGAUUUCUCAAACUCGGCUGGUCCUUCAAACAACUGCCAAAGCUUUUUCCAAUCAAGUCUGACAUGGAGUACCUUCAGGACCAGCACCUGCUGCUGUCUGUCAAGUCAUGUGACGGAUUUGAGUCUUACGGGGAAUGCUGUGUUGCUCUGCGCUCACUCACUGGUGCAUCUGAGCAGUUUGAGACAUUUUUGAGUCACCGAGGUGAGGAGAUGGGCUCCAUCAGAGGACGUGUCAGGGUUCAUGUGCCCAAAGACAGACGAGAAACUCGAGAGAAGACCUAUGAUUGGUUCUCCUUUGAGAAAAAUGACAAAGGUCCUGCGAGAGGGCACAUGUCUCCUGCAUCUACACGUGGCCAAAUAAACAGGUCUCUGGCAGCUCCUCCCAAACACACUCCAAGCAGCUACACCAACCCAGCCUACUUUAUCUUUGAAACUGUGUCAGUGACACGCAGGGUGGAGGAGGCUCUCCCUCAGCUAAGGGACCCUCAGGUCAUCUGGUCUGGAAAUGAGGCCUUGCAGCUCCCAAAAAUCUCAGGACGUCAGGGUUUCGACAGAAGACCCUUUCGCAGAUCAGACUUUACAGAGAUUGAAAUUCCUGCCAUCCCACCCCAGUACACUCCAACAACUGACCUUCAUACACCCCAAACUAACUCCUCCUAUCAGCUCUUCCCGGCCAAAAACCCAUCUCCCCUACCUCCACCCUCAAGCAACGCCAUGCCACAGUACCAGGAACAAACCUCACAACCCAGAGACAAAUACCAAUGUAAGAAAAAUGUUCAAGACUCCAAGACAGUACUGCCAGACAAGAACCAGAGGAACUUGUAUAUGAACCAAUCAGCAAUCAUCAGGGAAAAAACGAGGAGGGAUCAUCAUCAGCUUCUCCCAGAGAGAACCAGCCCUAUCCGGGCUUCCAAGGUGCCAUCAGCUUUCCCCUACACUCCUUCCCCAGCACACUCUCAGGCCUCUGUGCCCUGGAUAGUGGAUCAGCAGCCGCCUGGACCUACAGGAGACAACUCCCUCACUGCUUUGCAAAUGGCCAAGUCCCUCAGCGAAGUUGACUUCUUCCCCCCAUUGCAGAGAGGCCCAGCUAUACUCAACCAUAGGCCAAGUUAUAGAAAUGGACCUUCAAUGCAUGGAGAUAGAGGUUACAGCUGGGAGAAAGAAGUCUCCGUCCUUCAAUGUGCCCCAGAAACCGUCCGGGAGCUUCUCAGUGCCCUUGGUCUGCAGAAAUACACCCUGGGACUCAGCCUCAAUGGCUGGGAUGAUCUGGAUUACUUCAGUGGUAUAACUGAGGAGGAUUUAUGCGCCGCAGGAGUGACAAACCCUUCACAUCGGCGCAGGAUCCUUGACAACCUGCCCAGGAACUGGAACUGAAAUAAAAAUUAUAUUGCUGGUACAGAGCUUGCUCAUUUAGAAACUGGAAAGACUGUUAUAACCAAGAUCUGAAAGGACAGACAGACUGAUCAAAACUCAAUCACAUCAGCUGGACUUUACUUUUUAUUUACUGGAUUAAUACUGUUCCCUUAGUUUGUCAAUACAGUGAAGGGAACAUGACGCAGAAAAUACUCAUUGCACAGUCUGCUUAUAGCCAUCAAUCCAUGACACAUAAAGAAAACUGUGGGUGGUAUGACAGGAAGCGUUGACGCGUAUCUCGAGUUACUCACACAUAAACAAAUAUUGAUCAUGGUAUUGAUUUCAUGUUUAAUGGAUUUUCAAUGACUAUGAAAAUAUAGUCCUUCAAUUUUCAGUGUUCACUCACUGCUAGUGUUUACCAUUCACCUUCAUCCCUUUUACUGUGUGUUUUCCUUUACUCUGCUAUUAUUGAGCCUGGAUCCUGGAUGGUAAAAGCCCGCUAUUAAACCUAUGGAGCAUAAAAUCGAUAGCUGUACAUAUCUACUGGAACAUUGUCUGUAAAGUUGGUUUAGAAGGACAUAGCUUAUCUAAUUUGUUUACUGUCUCCUACUGUUGCUAUCAUGUCACUUAAUCGGUACCAAUAUCCACUGUGCAUGUUAUGUGCACCCUUUUUUUUUUUUUUUUAAGUAAAGUGCAUAAAGCAACUCUUGGCUGUCACUAAGCAUCACAAGUGUUAUUUCAUGCUGCGGGGGGUGGGGGCUGGAAACCGAGAAACAAUUCAAAUCUGUUCUAAUUCAUUGCACUAAUGCUGCUUAUAUGUUGUUUAAUGUCACAUAGAUCUAUGGUAAAGCCUAUUUAAUGGUCUUAAUUGCCAUAAUACUUGGCAAAUCAAAGCUGAAAAUAUUAAGCUUCUCUUUAACUUCCAACUAUGCCAUAACCAAUACACUUUUCUAACAGCUAGGUUUAUCCACAUUUUUAUAAAUGAACAAGUGUUUUAUAGGUUCUAGUUGGAAAAUGCCUAUAAAAGAAAUGUCUAAGACUGAAUUACUGACCAUGA